GUUCUGUAGAGCCUGGGGCUGAGUGCCUGUGGCCAGGAGCACUCCUGUUGCCGGGUGUCCCGGAGACAGGGGCACUCACGCGGCUGAGUGUCCCAGGGCCAGGAACACUUGCGCGGCUGGAUGCCCUGGGAUCAGGGCUCCCUCUUUGGCCAUUGUAUCUCGGGCUAUGGGGGUCACGGAGUUGGGCGCCCUGUGAUAGAAUGUCACAGGCGUGCCCAGUGGCCCGAGUUUAAGGGUAUGUGGGGUUGUGUGGGCUAGGGCCACUAAAAGGGACUCGCAACUUGUGUGACCCGAGCUGAGGGGAACUCUGGGCCGGGAGGACGCCGCAGGGUGCGUGUUCUGUGGCCUGGGAUAAGGACCUGGGGUCUUGUGUCACGGAAGAGAGGAGACCACUGAGGCUUGGCUCCUGGGCUAAGGAAGACAGGGGCCGAGUGUCCUUGGAGAGGGGUCACAGAACUUAAGUGACUUGGGGUCAGAGGGAGCUGAGUCCAAAGAUCUUAGAAUAAGGAAAGUUGGGGUUGUGGAUCGGUGUCCCCUGAGACUGGGGGAGAAAAAAGUUUUCUGGGAGACAAUCUGCCCCGUGUGAAGAACGGACGCCAUGCAAGUGACUCCCUGGGGCCUUGCCGAACUAGUCAUGGGGACAGAGCAUCUGUCUUUCUGUCUGACCGUCCCUCGGUCCGGUCUGCCCUGGAGUUGUAGUGCUGUGAGGGAACAGGUGAUGACAACCCCCAGACCUGACCUACUAAGGGGAGCGUACACGGGGCAGGAAGAGCCCAGGGAUGCCAGCCUGCUUCCGAGCAGCGGGAUGAGCGCUGGUACUAGAAGCUCCCAAGUGUGCUGGGUGCUGCCAAGCCGCGUCCCUCGAUGCUAUGUGGGCAGGGAGCUGGAGAGACAGCAGCAGGCUCUCUGCUCUUCUGGACUCUUGGGGAAAACGAGGUCGGUCAGGCAAAGACAGAUGACAGGUCCCCUUGGUGCCAGGGGUGGAAGGUGGGUGUGAGUGAAGAAGAGAAAUGUGGUACUUUGUGCCUUGGCUUGUGGGGAGGGGCCAGGGAAAGAGAGCCGGAAACUGGGAGUCACCAAGCCACGGCUUUUAUAUGGGGUCAGGUAAAGAGGAGGAGCAGCUGCUCCUGUUGGAUCCGAAGGGGUAGGAGGGCUGCGUCGGCACCUUCAACUUUACUGACUUCUACUACUUGGAUCCGAAGGGGGCAAAGUUGAAAGCACAUUUAUACAACGGGAAGACAGUUUUCUAGAUUGAGUCAACUUAGAAGGCAUUGCCAUGGUUGACACAGAGAUGCCAUUUUGGCCCACCAACUUUGGGAUCAGCUCUGUGGAUCUGUCUGUCAUGGAUGACCAUUCCCACUCCUUUGACAUCAAACCCUUCACCACUGUUGACUUCUCCAGCAUUUCCACCCCACAUUAUGAAGACAUUCCAUUCACAAGGGCUGACCCAAUGGUUCCUGAUUAUAAAUAUGACCUGAAACUCCAAGAAUGCCCAAGUGCUAUCAAAGUGGAACCUCCAUCCCCUCCUUACUAUUCUGAAAAAACUCAGCUCUACAAUAAACCUCAUGAAGAGUCUUCUAACUCCCUUAUGGCCAUCGAAUGCCGAGUCUGUGGGGAUAAAGCUUCUGGGUUCCACUAUGGAGUGCAUGCUUGUGAAGGCUGCAAGGGUUUCUUCCGAAGGACAAUUCGUCUGAAACUCAUCUAUGAUCGGUGUGAUCUGAACUGUCGGAUCCAUAAGAAGAGUAGAAAUAAAUGUCAGUACUGCAGGUUUCAGAAGUGCCUCGCUGUGGGGAUGUCCCAUAAUGCGAUCAGGUUUGGGCGGAUGCCACAGGCCGAGAAGGAGAAGCUGUUGGCGGAGAUCUCUAGUGAUAUCGACCAGCUGAACCCCGAGUCUGCUGAUCUCCGAGCCCUGGCAAAACAUCUGUAUGACUCAUACAUAAAGUCCUUCCCUCUGACCAAAGCCAAGGCGAGGGCGAUCUUGACAGGAAAGACGACAGACAAAUCACCAUUUGUUAUUUAUGACAUGAACUCCUUGAUGAUGGGAGAAGACAAGAUUAAGUUUAAGCACAUCACUCCUCUGCAGGAACAAAGCAAAGAAGUAGCCAUUCGUAUUUUCCAGGGGUGUCAGUUCCGCUCCGUGGAGGCGGUCCAGGAGAUUACAGAGUAUGCCAAGAGCAUUCCAGGUUUCAUCAACCUUGAUUUGAAUGAUCAAGUGACCCUCUUGAAGUAUGGUGUCCAUGAGAUCAUCUACACGAUGCUGGCCUCCUUGAUGAAUAAAGAUGGGGUUCUCAUAUCCGAAGGCCAAGGAUUCAUGACAAGGGAGUUUCUGAAGAGCCUGCGAAAACCCUUUGGUGACUUUAUGGAGCCCAAGUUUGAGUUUGCUGUCAAGUUCAAUGCACUGGAAUUAGAUGAUAGCGACCUAGCAAUAUUUAUAGCUGUCAUCAUCCUCAGUGGAGACCGCCCUGGUUUGCUGAACGUAAAGCCCAUUGAGGACAUCCAGGAUAACUUACUACAAGCCUUGGAGCUCCAGCUCAAGCUGAACCACCCAGAAUCCUCCCAGCUCUUUGCCAAGUUGCUUCAGAAAAUGACAGACCUCAGACAGAUUGUAACGGAGCAUGUCCAGCUGUUGCAAGUCAUCAAGAAAACAGAGACAGACAUGAGCCUUCACCCGCUCCUACAAGAAAUCUACAAGGACUUGUACUAGUGAAGGAGUCCUAGCCCACUGACAUCUUGUUCCUUCUUCCAAUUGCACUAUUUCUUUGAGGGAAAAACAUGAGAUGCCUAAGAAAUUACUGUGAAAAAAAAAAGCAUUUUAAAAAGGAAAGAGCUUUAGAAUAAUAAGAUCUAUUUUAUGCAUAUUGUUUUUAAAGACACAUUUACAAUUUACUUUUAAUAUUAAAAAGUGACUAUAUCAUGAAAUUGUUGGCAGUAUUUGGAGAAUGAGUCUGGUGUCCUGGGGUUGUGUCUUGUUUCUGUUUUUAUUUUAGCCUUUCUUUUUUUCAGUAUUCUGAUUUUUUUUUAAACUAUGGAUGGCACUGCCCAUAAAUCUUCAUCAUAAAAUAAAUUAAUUUCUUUGACUCCAUCUACAGGAACCAUUCUAAAACAUCUGAUAUCACGUGUUCCCGAAGUCCUCUGAGGAUUCCACUGCAGACCUUUCUGAAUUUGUAUUUCUCAAUCUGGAUUUGAUUAAAAAACAGGGGUAGGUUCUGUCCCAGGAUGCUUGACUUCAUUAAGAAGCAAUCCUUCCAUGACCCUGUACCUAAUUUCCAGUGCUAUGAGAUGCACCCAAUAUAUGCAUCCUGUGCAUGUAUUAUAAAUGUAUCCCAUGAUCCUAGGGCUGGAGCUAAAAGGGACCUCAGAGACCAACUAGUUCAACUUCUUGUUUUCUGGUUGAGGAAACUGAGGCAGAUAAAAAUGACUUACCCAAGAUUAUAUAGGAAGUAAGCACCAAAGGCAGGAUUUAAAUCUUGUCCCUUUGCCUCUGGAACCAAAUGCUCUUUCAACUGCACCAUAUUGCCUUCAUCUCUGUCAAGUAUUUAUUGAAUAUCUGUUGUAUACCUGAAACUGAACUAGGCACUGUGGGAGACCUGAAUGCCAUAGUCCCUGCCCUUAAGGUCAGAGUACCUUUGAGAAGACAAAACCAGCAUUCAUGCACCAACUAUUUGCCAGGUACCAUGCUAGUUGCUGAGGAUACAAAGAAAAUGAAAAUGUCCCUGUUCCAAAGACCUUACAUUCCACAAGAGGAAAUAAGAUGGGCUCAGAUAAAUCACUAAAAAAUAAAUUAAAAAUACAAGGAAAUUCACAGAAGAGAAUAUACUAACAACUGAGGAGAUGGGAAAAGGCCUUGGAUAGGAAAGGGGUGUUAAUCUGAGAAUUAAAAGAUGCUAGAGAGGCAGCAAGGUGGCACAGUAGACAAAGCACCAGACCAGGUCAUAAAGACCUGUGUUCAAAUUUGACCUCAGACACUUCCUAGCUGUGUGAUCCUAGGCAAGUCACUUAACCCCAAUUGCCUAGCCCUUGCCAAUCUUCGUUCUUAGAACUGAUUCUAAAAAGAAAAGUGUUUUAGAAAAAAGAAGAAUUUAGAGAUCUAAGAAGCAAAAGUGAGGAGGGGAUUAAUUCUAGGCAAGAGGGACAACUUUUUUCAAAGACUUAGGGGUAGGAGAUGGAAUGUUGGAUACAGGGGACAGCAAGUAGGCAACUUGAGUUAGAAUGUAUACUGCAUGCAAGGGAAUGAGUGUAAAUGGCCUGGAAAGACAAACUGGAGCCAGAUUUUAGACAAAGGAAUCAGUGUUUUUUGUCUAGAGAUGACAGAAAGUCAGUGAAGUUUCGCUAGCAAGGGAAUGACUUGAUUAAUUCUGUGCCUUCAGAAUAUUAAUUUGAUGGCCAAGAGAAGACUGAGAUGAAAAGAGAAGACUGGAGAUGAAACCAAUAAGUAGGCUAUUAAAAGAGUCUUAAGUAAAGGAAAGUGAGGGACUAACUAGAGUUAUGCUUGUGGUGUGAAUGAAGAGAAAAGAACACAUAGGAGGAAUAUUGAGGAGGCCAGUCAACAAGACUUGGAAACUGAAUCAUUGUAGGGAUAGGGUAGAGAGAAGAGCCAGGAAAAUUCUGAUAUUACAAAUUGAGGUGAUUGAAAGACUAGGGAUGUCCUCAGAAGCAGGAGAAAGGAAAAGGAGAAAGAGGAUAAGUUCUAUUUUGGACAUGUUGAGUUUUGGAUACCUAUGGGACAUACAUGAAACAGCUGAAGACUAAUUGGUAGUGUGUAAUUAAGUGCCAAGUGAGUGGUACAAGCCACAAGAGGAAUCCAAAAGGAGGAAAAGAUCAGUGAGAACAGGAAGAGUCUUGAAAGGCUGCUGGAGUAGAUUGGACUUAAGCUAGACUGAGGACAGGAGUUUUUAACCUUUCUUUACUUCCUGUGCACUCUUGGGUGCUUGACACCAUACCUGGCUUGGUUUUUAACCUCUGUGGGGAGGCUGGGAGGGGUCAUGGACCCCUUUGGUGGUUUGGUGAAAUCUAUGGACCUCUUCCCAGAAUUAUGUUUUAAAAUGCAUAAAAUAAAAUACAUAUGAUUACAAAGGAAA